ACCGUAAUGGCAAGCAGCAAGAUGGCGGCCCCAGACCGCAGCCGCGGCGCGCGCUCCACGUGAAGUCCCAGCUGACAGCUCUGCGCAUGCGGAAGGCCAAGCGGCAGAAGGCAGCCGCUCCUCCGGGAAUAGCAGGGGCGGCGCAGGGAGGAGAGCCACCAGGGGCACGGAAGAUGCUGGCAGAACCGCGCUGUGGGGACGGCGGAGGCAGGGUGGGAGCCACAUCCGCUGCCCCCCAACUACACAGUCACCGGCUGCGCGGAGGCGCCCCGCCUGACCCGGGUUCCCGGGCGUCGGUGGAGAAGCCAGCCAGAGCCCGAGGGGGCAGUGCACCGUGCCCCUGCCCUCGGAGCAGAUCUCCUCUCGGCCUCCCUGCACGCGCACAGCCGCACGCACGUGGAGGGCAAACCUGCCAGCCCCCGGGGACAGCCAGGCCCGGACCGCCAGACCUGGCCCAGUCGCCGGCCGCCAUACGCCGGCCAGGCCGGCCACGGAUGGAGGGAGCGGGGCCAACCCCGGCAAGACUAAGCGCGCUGACCCUGUCAUCUGGCCUCCAUCGUGAGAAUGACCCCACAGCCCCAGGCUGGGAUUACAGGAACUCUCUGGCCUGGGACUCGAACCCUUGAAGGAGCAGGCACUGACAGCUGGCCUCCCUGCUCUCUGAGCCAAGAUUGGCACGCUUUCCCAAAUAUAUACCCCACUCAGCCCUCGUCAAAUUUAUGAAACUAAGAAACAAAAACAAACAAAAAAACAACCGUUAAGCUUUAGCCAUUGCUAAACUUCAAAGCUGACAGCCAACCCCACUUGACAGACGAUGAUUGAAAUAUAGUUAAAAGACCCAAACAGAUUUCAUGAAGAAAAGUGUGACUACAAAGAAAAAUAGCACUGUCUCCAACAGCAACAGUUAAAACUGAACAUCUGAAGUUAAAUACCACAAAUGUUUCAACACCUGAUGGUUUUCAACAGACCAUGAUGAAUAUGUUGGUUACAAUUCUAAAGAUUAUCACCAAAGAAUAAACCCUGGCAUGUUUCUCCUA